AGGACAGAAGACUCGGGGAAGAUGCAUUCAAAUGCGAUGAAGUUCUGUGAAGCGGUUUCUCGUCGCAGCGUUAUGUACGCACGCAUGAUUAAUGCAGUGUAGUGUUUUAUUGCUACGCAGCACGGGGUGGGUUUUAUAGCUGAUAUCGGAUGGUCGGUGAAAGGAAGAGAGAGAGAGGGUGCAUGCUUUUAAUGAUGACUUAUAGGCUACAGCGGACCGUCACUUAAUUCUGAAUUACAGCUCGAAUAGCGUGCAACUUCUGAGGAAAUAACAAAAAAAGCGUUUUAUUCGGUAAAGCAGAGAUGGAUGGAGAUGCAGGCAAAAGAAGAGCUCUCUGAUGAAAAGGGUAAAAGAAAACAUGCCACAAGACCAAACUGACUUCUGAAUCAUCUUGUGUAAAGAAUCAUUAUAUUGUUUGAAUUGUGCUAUAAAAGGCAAGUGGAGGCUAGGAGAGCUUGCUGGUUGCAUGAUGGCUCCUGAAGGUAUAGGAGAGCUUCGAGACUUGCUCUUCUUCCUGCUCCUGUGCCUCACAUUAUUGGCUGAGCUGCUGGAGAUGACUGCAGCGUCUUCGCAGGGACUGGAUGGCGAAGGUGACAUAGUGUGCCCAUCUGUGUGUCGCUGUGAUGAGGACUUUAUUUACUGCAACGACCGUGGAUUGAGCGCAAUCCCACCUCUGCCACCAUCUGCAACUGUCCUUUAUCUCCAGAACAAUCACAUUGACAAUGCAGGGCUUCCUAGGUCCUUGGAGCAUCACACCACCGUGUGUGUUAUAUAUCUCUAUGAUAACGAGCUUGAUGACUUUCCCAUGCAUUUGCCACCUUCAUUAAGAGAGCUUCACCUCCAGGACAACAACAUUCGAGUGUUGCAAAGGGCUGCACUUGCUAGAUUUCCACUCCUUGAAAAGUUGCAUCUGGACGACAACUCUGUUUCUACAGUGAGUAUUGAGGACCAGGCCUUUGCGGACAACCCUCGGUUACGUCUCCUCUUCCUCUCCAGAAACCACCUUUCCAGCAUCCCAUCUGGUCUUCCUGCCUCACUUGAAGAACUCCGUUUAGACGACAACCGAAUCUCUACUAUUCCUACGCAUGCCUUCCGGGGUUUGUCCUCUUUACGUCGCCUGGUCUUGGAUGGUAAUCUUUUAGCUAAUCAACGCAUUGCUGAUGAUACCUUCUCACGCUUGUCGAACUUAACAGAACUCUCCCUGGUCCGUAAUUCACUUCAAACACCCCCACUUAACUUGCCCAGUGCCCACCUGCAGAGACUCUCCCUUCAGGACAAUAACCUCAUACACAUGCCUCGGGGAUCACUCGAUGGAAUGCGCAGACUACAGCGCCUAGAUCUUUCUGGAAACAAUCUGACCACCCUUCCCAGAGGAUUGUUCAGGGACUUGGAGAGCCUGGGGCAGCUGCUUGUGAAAGGAAACCCAUGGCAUUGUGGGUGCAACUUGCGCUGGCUGCACGACUGGCUGGAAGCAAAGGGGAAUACAAUUACAGUGAGAGGCUUUAUCUGCCAGACACCAGAGCGAGUCCGAGACAUGGCGCUUAGAGACCUCAUGAAUCAGAUGGAUGAAUGUGAGUUGGCUGCUGCUGGUGGUGGAGGAGUAGGUACAGGAGUCGGCGUUGGUGGUAACAGGGUGAGUGGAGGAGCGGCAGGAGCCAUUUCUACCACUCUUUCGCCCCCUCAAGGGUCCCUGUUUACUCUCAGGUCCAAGCGACCAGGCCUCAGUCUCCCAGAAACAGGGCUGGACUACACAUUAAGCAGCAGCGGUGUGGGCAAGAACCUGGCCCUGAAUGUGAAACCCCUUUCCCACAACAGUAUCCGUGUUACCUGGAGCAUAGCACAAACAUCUUCUUCCUUUCGAUUAAGCUGGCUUCGCCUAGGAACCAGCUCUGCCAUGGGGUCCAUCACAGAAACCUUGGUUAGGGGUGACCGGCGGGAGUAUCUUCUCACUUCCCUGCAGCCUGCUUCCAGCUACAUCAUCUGCAUGGUGCCUCUAAUGUCUAACAGUGGAAGCAGGAGUAGUAUGCCUGGGGGUGACACAGAACCAAAUGAGGUUCCAGUUUGUGCCAGAACAGAAACGUCUGAUCCUGGCCACCCUGAUGAUGAAGGUGAAGACGACAGCUCUGAUCAAAUGACUUCGCUUCCACUUGCAGGAAUUAUUGGAGGUGCUACGGCAAUCGUUUCCCUUGCUCUAAUCAUUGCUAUUUUCUGCUGGUAUGGGCACCGUGCAGGACAUUUCACAUCACGAGACCAUUACAGCCACGGUAGCUCUCGCAAGAGCAAACACUGUGAUGACUACAUUGAGUCAGGCACAAAGAAAGACAAUACUAUCUUAGAGAUCAGAGGUCCAGGAUUGCAGAUGACACCAAUUGCAACAAGACAGCCCCUUCAACCGAAAGCAGUGAGAGAGGAUUACAUUAUACACACCAUCUUCCCCUCGAAUGGCACGGCUCUAUACACGCCAUCCCAAAACAUGACCAACUCUGGCUACAGUACCAACCGUGGCUAUAGAGAAGGAGGCAUUCCAGAUAUAGAUUACUCUUACACAUGAUAGCUUUGAUUUAGAAACCAUAAUUAGGAGUCAUGUACCGCAUAGAUACACAGUUUUUAAUCAACAUGGGCUCUGCAGAAUCCCCUUUGUGCCUUCUGGUCUCCAUUACAAUGUAGCCUGCUGUUCGUGACACUAUAAAGCUUUUAAUUGGCCCAGAUGCUUAUAGGAAGCAUUAUAAAUGUGGUGCCAGGAGGCGGUGAUGCCAUUUCAGGGGGUGAUACCAAAUGCUAUUUUCACCUCGCGGUGUAAUGAUCAGACUCCCUGACAUUGCUCUUUUAUCUCUGGCUGGUGCACUGAGGUGGAUUCAAGGGCAGCCCACACCGCAUUCAGCUCACAGAUUGUUCAUAAAGCUCAGUGCAUAUAUGGGAGAGAGGCAGUCUUCUCACAGAAAAUAACCAACCCGCUGUACAUUUUAGUCUUUGUCUCCUAUGAGAUGAAGCUCCUGAGUCAAGGGUUUGAACCAGGAUUGACAUGAAUCCUACAUCAAGCAAGAAACCCUCUUUGCUCAGAGGAAACUGGAAAUGUGUUGUUGCAAGUGAUCCUUCUGGGAAAUGCACAGGUUCACAUGCACAGUUUAUUUUUUGGAGAUAUGAGCUGCAGAACACGACUACUAUUCCUGAUAAAGUUGGAGUGUCUGGACCAAGCAGAGACAUGGCCCUCAAAAACUACAGCAAGGUUUGAAAUGCCUCAAAAACUGAAUUCAUUUGAAUUCUUCUACACUUGAAAACUGCCUGAUGCUACUAUGAUAACGUCCAACAAGCGUUAUGAUGACUGCUCUAGUUUCAGACUGGUGUAAAGUUGAGAGGACGAAUGAAACGUGUUUUUGUGUCUUGA